CUCGUCCUUCUUGUUCUCCCAAUCCUCUGCCUGCUCCCGCUUCGUCCCCCCAUCGACUCCACUUCCCCACCAGUUCAUUCCUCCUGCAGCAGCAGCUGUUUGUGCUCAAGCCGCUUGCGCCCCAGCCUGCCGUAUCAGCGAGCAGUCGCCAUGGCGCUCAAGUCGAAGACGCUCCCGGUGCUCGUCCUGGCCGCGCUGUGCCUCUUCGCCCUGCGCGGGCUCGCGUUCGUGGCGCCCUCUGGCGGCAUGGCGGCGCGCGCCGGCCCGGGCGCCCUCGCCGCGGGCGCCGCCCCGACGGUCGCGAGUAGCUCGGAGGGCGGCCUGGUGGCGAUGCAGGCCCGGGGCGGCGCGGAGGGGCUGGAGGUGGAGGACCCGCAGCUGUACAUCGUCGUGAUGUGCGUGCUCUUCGGUGCCUCCGUCCUGGCCAACUCCAACGGCUUCUUCGGCCCCUGGUGAGCACGCGCCGGGAGGGGCAUGCCGGCGGCGGACAGAUUUAUUUUCCCUCUCCUGGCAUUUGCCUGGAGGGGCGCGCCCCAGCUGUAAAGAUUGGGAGGCUUCCGCUCUCGCGCGUCGAGAUCCGUACUCUCUGGAUCCAUCGCUGCCCCCAAAACGAAGGGGCUCCGAUCUCACGCUGGCUUCGGGCUGCCUCACAGUUCUUGCACCAUGAGGGGUCGGGGUGAAUCGA